GGCCACUCCGGGCCACCGUGCGCCCGCUGGGCGCCACCGUGGCCCAAUCGCUGGCCGCCGCCCGCUGUGCGCGACCGGGCGCGCCGUGCAGCUUGGUGGCUAUUCCCAGGCGUUGGGCGGUCGGCGCCUGGCAUUCAGUGCUGCGUGCUGUGGCGGUUGCUAGAAUGCAUCGCGGCAGACCGCUUGGUUUCGCGGCCGACGCGACGUGAAGCAGCAGAACGCAGCCUUGCAGCUGAUUGGCGUAUUUGUAGCUUUGUCUGCUGGAAGGCUGGCGUGUCAUGGAUGUGUGUCACCAAUGCGUAUGAAUUGGCGUCGUUGCUGCAAGCGUGGCAGUGCGCCUCCAACGGGUGGUCGUGAGAAUAUAAGUAAGACCUAUUGGCUGCCGAUUAAUUGGCGCUCGAGCUUGUUCUGCCUACGUCGGCAAAAGCAGC